AUAAAAGAGGGCUGACGCCACCAGAAUCAUGCUGCAGAAAAUUCUUUUUUCUUCUUUUCCCUUCUCUAACUCCAAGUCCUUUGUUUAAACAUACAUAAUAAAUAACAGAAUAUAUUACAUUCCCGUAUAUCUUUUAUUUGCCACCCAACUUUUUUGCUAGUUUAUCCCAUCCGAGUCUUUUUCCUCCAUCCACCGUUCUUUCCUGACUCAUCUCAGAAAGACAGAAAAAGACACCAGCAAGAAGACAACAAGAGACUUCCAGUCCCCUCUUUGCUAACCCGUUUUGUCAGAGCAGCCAAGUAAUCAGUUUACCAACUCAUUCUUUACUUCGCUUGAUCAUCUCUCGAUUGAAGAAGUACUUCUCCUCUACGACCCAGAGCCAGACAAAAGCCCAUACCCGUUGCAUCCCGAACAACUCUUACAAGACUUACAAAACGAUAGCCGUUUAUUAAACUGGAUCCAGUUUAAUACCAACACCGUUCCUGCAAUGACAACCUCCAUUAUUAGUUUCCCAAAAUUGGGCCGCACCUUCACGGACAUUAUGGAAGAUGAAUUAUACCACGUUCCCCACCUUAGUAAGGGGGGAGUGUGCAACGCCAGCACCCCAGCCUCCAAGUCGAACUCAUUCAUGUUUGCUCCUCCUUCGCAGUUUGUACCUGCGCAAACAUCAGUGACCUCGAACCCGCCAAACAGCCCCCAGCAAACCACCAACACCCCUGCCACUCCAGUGAACUGGUCUAGCUUCUUACACAGCAUGUCCGACAGUAACACCGUCGAGCAAUUCCAGACUUACUUGAGCCAGCAGCCGCCAUCCCAGCCACAACAGACACAGCAGUACUACGAUGUUCCUGAGGGAGCCGGAGUAAAUCCAUUCAACACGUACGCCGAUCCAAACGUGAUAAACCAGCCUCAGGUCUUGCAGUCUGGGUUGUUCACUACCAUCAAUCCAGAGGAGACCUCCAACUUGUUGAAGUGCCCCGAGGAACUACUUUCGUUCCAAAACAACAGUGUCACGAGCUUCAGCUUGACACAGCCUGAUGAGGCACUCUUCGUGUGGCCUCAUGAGGUUGAGUCCAGCUGCUGCGACACUAAGGAGUUGUUUGACGAAGAGUUAAGUGACUGCGAAGACGAUGACGAGGACAAGUACUUUGAUGACGACGAAGAGAUGCGUGACGACGAUGAUGGAUAUGCCACGAGCGACGACGCUUUGACAAACAUCACCGGCGAGUAUGAAGACGAUGAGAUGGUGCUUGACGAGAUGUCUUCCUUCACCACUCAGACUUCACAUACCGACUACGCCUUCACUACUUUGAAGUCCCAGAAUACACAGCAGUUGCCAUCCCCAAUCCUGUCCAAGAACUCUUCACCAGUUUUGGCCAAGAUUGGUACUGCCCUUCAGGGUCAGGCUCCCGUCACUCCAGCAUCUUUCACCGCAUCUCCAGACUCUGUUUUCAACGACACAGAGAGCCAUCAGUGUACGUUGGUAAACCCUGCCACGCAGCAGCCUUGCCUCAAGCAGUUUUCUAGACCAUAUGACUUGAUUAGACACCAGGACACGAUCCAUGCGUCUAAGAAGAAGAUCUUCAGAUGUAUCAUCUGCGACAAGACCAAAACCUUCAGCAGAGGCGACGCCUUGUCCAGACACAUUAGAGUCAAGCAUGGCUUGCAGGGCGAUGAUGCUACCAGAGCUAUCAACUACGCCAAGGAGAACGUUGAGUUUGUCCUUGUAUAAACGUCGUCCCCCAUUUGAUGCUGUGUGAUCUUGCCCCCUUGGUUGGUGCUUAUUGAUUAAGAUCGCUAUUGAUUUCGUACUCACCCAGUCUGUUGUGACUUUUUUUCACUCUUGCCGGUGCCAUCUUCCUGGCCGCCUUUUCUUAUACCUUUCCCCUUGACGGGCAUCUGUCUUCUCGGUCUUAUUUUGGGUUUUGGUUUUCUCUUUCAGGUACUGAGAAAUUGCAUUUUAGACCCUCAUUUUGUCACUUUUUUUUCCCCUUUAACAUGCGAUGGAGGAAGGAGAAUAUAAACCCCCCGAGAAUGAUAUAUAUAAUAUACAAGUGAACGGGAAUCAGUUUUCUUGUCACUUACCCUUAUUUAUUUAUACUGUUUUUUUUUGCUUUUUUCUUUUUCUUUUUUAACGCAUAGAUUUGUGGUAAAAUAA